GAAGCGUGCGCCAACCGCAGACACAUCGAGAGCGUCCUUGCGUCAUGUCUCGAGAGAACUGUCGUGGGCCACCGACUCUACACAUUCCUCAGGUGCAGCUUGGCUCCUGCACCCGGCUGAGGCUACAGACGUCCUGAAUAGCCGCUCUUUGUGACCGCGAAGGACGAGUUGAAAUGGACGAGGACUGCGCAGCCUUUGCAUCGUGAUGCUCUACCAAGGUCGAAUUCAUGCGCACAACGCCCGUAUCUUUCCGUAGGAGCCAAGCACAGCUGCUCGAAGGGUCAAUUCAUUCACUAUCAUCGUCUUUUCCACCUGAUGCCCAUUGUAGCGAUGUGAGUGGGCGUGUGUGUGUGUGUGGCCUGUCCAAUGGCCGCUCUCCAUGUUUCAGAUCCACAAAAAUUUCACGAUCCACAAGAGCCGCUCGAACUAGCAAACUCAAAGAAACCCAAGAAAAAAUAUGAAAAGAAACGGCCCCACGACAAACAACCAAACAAACGUAUCCCUUUCUCUUACUCUUUCUCUCUGCGUCUCCCCCCUUCCACACUGCAACUUCCUCCCAGAGCCGGUAUAAACCGAGAACGUGCCAAGAGGUGGGGAAAAAAAAAGACGCCGAUAAACCCAGCGACGAAGAAGAAGAAAAAGAAAGAAAGAUGCCCGCCAUCCGUGGCUCGGACUCCAAGAAGAAGACGCGGCGCAUGACCCGCGGCCUGGACGAGAUCGUCGCAGACCUGGCCGACCCGGCCCACCUCGCCCGGUACCAGCAGUACAAAGGCGACGCGUCGGACCUGCCCGGCGGCGGCCUGCACUACUGCGUCGAGUGCGCCAAGUGGUUCGACACGGCGUCCAACCUGGCCGCGCACGGCAAGGGAAAGGUGCACAAGCGGCGCCUGAAGGAGCUCAAGGAGAUGGCCGAGGGCAGAGGCCCGCCCAGCCAGAGGGAGGCCGAGGAGGCCGCCGGGCUGGGCGUCGACAACGGGGUCAUGACGAGGAAGCAGAGGGACGGCAUGGACGUCGACGACGGCAAGGGCGGCUGAGAGCCGCCUGAGCGACCGGUCGAACGAACCAGGCUACAGAACCCGCGCGGCUUCGGGCCGGCCGCUCUCAGUGCGCCAGGAGACAAUACAGAUCGCCUUCAAGCCGGAAGAACGAGAAGGCGCCCGCCUCACCUGCAGUCACAAGAGGGCGUCGGGACUCACACGCGCACUUGCCGACCUGACACGCUACACGCGAUGAUGACCCCUAGGGGGGGCGGGCGAGAUGCAUCUUGGACGCCCGCCCCCUCUGCCGUUGAACAAGGCAGCGGCACAUGCGAACCACCUUGGGUCGCGAAGUUGAACCGGAGAUCAAGCCGUUGUGUGGAUCAAACGAAAGAGAUGGGCACUAAAUCGCCUACAGUGGUGUGACCCCAGAUCUAGUUCUGCAAUGUCAUUUCUCUCAAGUUUUCUCCCCUUGCGUAGAAGUCUUCACUUUGUCUUUACUUUACUCCCUCACUCCCCACCCAUUUACUCUCUUGACCACCCUCGGCCUUCGCUUUCAUCCCCACGUCUUCCACAGCAACGUGUGCCCGCUGGUCUAGUUCUAACGGCCGAACCCCGUGCUCUUCAUUCUUGCCAACGAACUUGCCCUCCGCAGUAUUGCAGGUGACCUGUCAUUCACCAGAUCGCCAAGGAGACACGACGCUCGCGUCAACGAAGAGGCGCUUCCGUACUCGCUG